ACCUCGUUUUUUGGGCCAUUUGCUUGCGACGCUGUGAAGCCAUCUGGGCACUAUCGCUGCACUCUGCACUCUCCGCAGCAGCAGCACUCAUUCAGCACCCCACUGCUGGCAGCAUGGACGCCCCAGCAGCAGCAGCGCUCACCUACGACCUUACCACGCCGCCAAAGGGCUGCUCGUGGGCCCCCGACGGCACAUGCCUCCUCACGGCAGGAGACGACGCGAGAUUGCGGGUGCUGGAAUUGCCCGCGCCCAUGGUCGCCGAGCCGCCCGCGGCACCGGAAAAUCCCGUAUGGCGACCGACCUUCGAGGUGAAGGCCUGCGAAUGCGUCUACGAUUAUGCUUGGUACCCGCGCCUCCACUCCAGCCAGCCUAGCACGUGCGUGUUCGCGGCCUGCGCGCGCGCGGCGCCGCCCGCGCUCUACGACGCCUACGACGGGCGGCGGCGGGCGUCCUACGUGCUGCGCGACGCCCUCGACGAGCCUGUGCCUUGCCUGGCCCUCAGCUUCAGCCCGGGCGGAGCGACGUUGCGCGUCGCGGCGCAAAAGAGAAGCCGCCUCGCGGCCUUCGACGUGGCGACGUCGCAAGUAGUCUCAGACACGGCCGUCGCUCAACGCGGGCCCCUCGCGUGUCUUGCGUGCAUCGACGAGCACGUCUUUGUGGCCGGCGGCUACAGCGGCCAGAUCCGCGUCUACGACGACCGGGAAAAUGAUCCGGGCGUCGCGCUGAAGGACUCGAACAAAAUGGGCGGCGUGACGCGCCUCCGAGUUUCCAAUGAUGCCGUCUACGCGUCGCACCGUGGCGAGGACGUUGUCCGCGGUUUUGAUCUGCGGACGCGGCGCGUCGCCUCGCGCUGUACACGCGCCGGCCAUGCGCACCAGCGCUUCGACUUUGACGUCGUCGGCGAGACCCUGGUCGCGGGCGACGCCGACGGCGCGGUGCGGGCCUUCGACCUCGCGGCGGCGGACGUCGACAAGCCGGGCCGCGUCCUGCGCGCCGAGCCGUCGGCGGCCAACGGCGUCGCGGUCCACCCGCACCGCGACUGGCUCGCCGUCGCGACGGGGUCCCGGGCCCUGCCGGACGUCUGCGGCGAGCCGGCGGUCGCGUCGACGAACCGCGUCGCCGUCUACGCGUUCGAGCGGCCUCAAAUAA